AUGAAACAGGGGAUAAGGCGGGCAGAUAGAGUUAGGCCAACCCCUGAAGAGAUAAUGGUAUGGUCCGAAUCUGUGGACAGCCUGCUGGCUCAUAAAUCUGGUCAGGCUGCCUUCAGAACCUUCCUCAAAAAAGAAUUCAGCGAUGAGAACAUUGAUUUCUGGCUGGCUUGUGAGGACUACAAGAAAACAAAGUCUGCUACAAAACUGGCGUCCAAGGCCAAGAAGAUUUAUUCGGAAUUUAUAAAAUCUAAUGCCCCUAAAGAGAUUAACAUUGAUUUUGUAACACGAGAAGCUAUCACCAGAAACAUUGGCACGCCGACCCACUCCAGCUUUGACAUGGCACAGGAAGUCAUCUAUAGCCUGAUGGCGAAGGAUUGUUAUCCCAGAUUCCUGAGAUCAGACACCUACCUGGAAUUAUUGAAGAGUUCAGGCUGUUCGUCUUCUGAAAUUACGCAGAGUGAAGAGCGGGUAACCAGCCCUUAACACCUAUAGUGAGCUGCAAC